AUGAGAAGAUACCAGCAACACACCCAUGCGAGCUGGCACCGCGCCUACGAAGGCAAAGCCGAGUGCCCAUGGUGCCAUGAAGGCCCCUACCAGGCAGAACCCACGAGACCCCAAAGCAGCGCCCACUACAAACGACCAACGAAAAGGCCAGACACCGCAAACACACAUAGAACAGACGUCAUCUCACCGAGUCCUGCUAGACCAGCCGAGCAUCGAUUAAAGCACCAGAGCUUUGAGCAACCUGCAUCAACAGAACACAAAACAUCUGGCACCCCCUUCGAGCCACAUUCAGACCCCACUCCGGAGACGGCGGAUGAUGACGUUGAGCCCUCGAUGGGUGACGAUGCCGAUAAUUAUGAGGGGUAUAUGGGACGCACCGAUAGGCAUAAUGCCCAGCAGAGCGCUUUCAGACCACCGUCGCGCCCGCGACUUCCUGAGGCAUGGACACAAGAACAAGAUAUCGAAGAGCGGGAGUUGGGUUCAAGAGAAUCGAAUAAAUUGAGCGGGGACAACUGGCGUCCUGAGCUAGACACACAUGGGGAUUUCCAAGGCCUCAGCGAUGAGAAGGCUGGUUCAUUGGAGCUAGACGUGCGGGAGCUGGAGGAGUCUUGA